AUGGAGGGAGAGAAAGCAGGUCAGCCUGAGCUGAAAAAACAGAGCUGUUUGACUGGGCGGGUGGUCAGCCUCUUCCUGGCUCAGAGCUACUCUGCGGCACCAGGGAAUUAUGGGUAGGCACUAGGCUACGAGUAUAAGCCAGCCUCUCUAUGCUAUGGUCCAAUCAGGAUCAGAUUUGGUUUCCAUAGGAGAAAAAGGCGACGUCAGUGUCACUUGAUUGCAACAUGUGAAUCAGGGAAACAGAGUGCUUUGAAACUAGAGGUUGUUAAAGGUAGUUUGGAGUGGGGGCAGUUCUGAUAGUUGUAGUCAAUAGGGGCAGCACUAUUUAAAUAUGGAAUAAUUCAAUGCUAAGAUUUUUUUUGUUUUGGAAUAAGUUUAAUCGUUUUUGGACUGUACGAUUUCCAGAUCUUUCGGUAUGCAAAAAUGUUUUCCGAAACAACAUUAAUUCAAAUUUCUUUCAAACACUCACUCUAUUUAUAAGGUCAUGUAAAUGCAUUGUUCUUUGUGUAACUUGAACCUCUGCUACCCCAGUAGACAGCCCUAGCCAUUGAGAUUUAAUUCUGUGAAACUAUUAGCCUCAUCAUCAUGUCUCUCUCUCUCUCUCCACUAGGGGGUGUAAUAGCGUACAUCAGCUCCUCCAGCCCCGAGUCAUGUCAUAGUGACUCAAAUGACUGCAGCUACAACUCCUCCCACAGCUGUCGCCAGGGCAAUGUGGUGAACACGUCCCUAACCAUGGCAGGUCUCACCCUCCCGCUGGCCCACACUAUUGCGAAGACUGGACGCUCGGCCUCCACUGCAAAAUGCGACAUUACUAGUGAGUGGUUUCUCUGCUGUGCAAUAACUUGAAUGUCUAUUCAGUUACUAUUUGCUUGCAGUAAUUGUCCCUUGGCUUUGGGGAUGAAUACAGUCUAUUGAAUUUACUUGAAAGAGGUAUUUCCUCAGUUGGUGCUGAUGAGAUGUUUUUUCAGAAAUCAAUGGCUUGGUGCUGCUGUGUAAGGUGUGUGGAGACAUUGCAUCUGGAUUCCACUAUGGGGUACAUGCCUGUGAGGGCUGCAAGGUGAGAACACACACCUAAUCAAUGUUGCAUCAUGUUGUGCCUCAAUAUCAUAGUUACGGUGAGAGAGGGCUUGGUGACAUAAUGGUAUGGUAUCCUAACAAGUAACAGUCUCCCUGCAACCUCCCUCUAGAGGAUCUAAAUUAGAUGAUUUUUCUAACCUCUCUGGAUUACAACCAAAGUGGACUAUAUUACAUAUUGGAACACUAAAACAUACAGAUUUUACAUUACCGUGUAGUUUACCAAUAAAAUGGUCUGAAGGUGAAGUGGACACACUCAGUAUUCAUAUCUCGAAAUAAAAAAAAUUCUCACUACAAUACAUUUUAAUAGAAAGUUAGCAAAAAUAGAUAUCUUGCUACCAUGGAAAGGAAAAUACCUGUCUAUUUGUGGAAAAAUCACCCUUAUUAACUCUUUAGUCAUAUCCCAGUUUACCUACAGUGGGGAAAAAAAGUAUUUAGUCAGCCACCAAUUGUGCAAGUUCUCCCACUUAAAAAGAUGAGAGAGGCCUGUAAUUUUCAUCAUAGGUACACGUCAACUAUGACAGACAAAUUGAGAAUUUUUUUCUCCAGAAAAUAACAUUGUAGGAUUUUUAAUGAAUUAAUUUGCAAAUUAUGGUGGAAAAUAAGUAUUUGGUCAAUAACAAAAGUUUCUCAAUACUUUGUUAUAUACCCUUUGUUGGCAAUGACACAGGUCAAACGUUUUCUGUAAGUCUUCACAAGGUUUUCACACACUGUUGCUGGUAUUUUGGCCCAUUCCCCCAUGCAGAUCUCCUCUAGAGCAGUGAUGUUUUGGGGCUGUCGCUGGGCAACACGGACUUUCAACUCCCUCCAAAGAUUUUCUAUGGGGUUGAGAUCUGGAGACUGGCUAGGCCACUCCAGGACCUUGAAAUGCUUCUUACGAAGCCACUCCUUCGUUGCCUGGGCGGUGUGUUAGGGAUAAUUGUCAUGCUGAAAGACCCAGCCAUGUUUCAUCUUCAAUGCCCUUGCUGAUGGAAGGAGGUUUUCACUCAAAAUCUCACGAUACAUGUCCCAAUUCAUUCUUUCCUUUACACGGAUCAGUCGUCCUGGUCCCUUUGCAGAAAAACAGCCCCAAAGCAUGAUGUUUCCACCCCCAUGCUUCACAGUAGGUAUGGUGUUCUUUGGAUGCAACUCAGCAUUCUUUGUCCUCCAAACACGACGAGUUGAGUUUUUACCAAAAAGUUCUAUUUUGGUUUCAUCUGACCAUAUGACAUUCUCCCAAUCCUCUUCUGGAUCAUCCAAAUGCACUCUAGCAAACUUCAGACGGGCCUGGACAUGUACUGGUUUAAGCAGGGGGACAUGUCUGGCACUGCAGGAUUUGAGUCCCUGGCGGCGUAGUGUGUUACUGAUGGUAGGCUUUGUUACUUUGGUCCCAGCUCUCUGCAGGUCAUUCACUAGGUCCCCCCCGUGUGGUUCUGGGAUUUUUGCUCACCGUUCUUGUGAUCAUUUUGACCCCAUGGGGUGAGAUCUUGCGUGGAGCCCCAGAUCGAGGGAGAUUAUCAGUGGUCUUGUAUGUCUUCCAUUUCCUAAUAAUUGCUCCCACAGUUGAUUUCUUCAAACCAAGCUGCUUACCUAUUACAGAUUGUCUUCCCAGCCUGGUGCAGGUCUACAAUUUUGUUUCUGGUGUCCUUUGACAGCUCUUUGGUCUUGGCCAUAGUGGAGUUUGGAGUGUGACUGUUUGAGAUUGUGGACAGGUGUCUUUUAUACUGAUAACAAGUUCAAACAGGUGCCAUUAAUACAGGUAACGAGUGGAGGACAGAGGAGCCUGUUAAAGAAGAUGUUACAGGUCUGUGAGAGCCAGACAUCUUGCUUGUUUGUAGGUGACCAAAUACUUAUUUUCCACCAUCAUUUGCAAAUAAAUUCAUUAAAAAUCCUACAAUGUGAUUUUCUGGAUUUUUUUCCUCAAUUUGUCUGUCAUAGUUGACGUGUACCUAUGAUGAAAAUUACAGGCCUCUCUCAUCUUUUUAAGUGGGAGAACUUGCACAAUUGGUGGCUGACUAAAUACUUUUUUCCCCCACUGUAUGGGGGAUUGGAAAUGAUGCAGACCAUUACAUUGAUGGAAGCCACAACCUAUCUGCAAUAUAAAAAAAAAAAAACUCCUCUUCAACCUCUAAAACCGAGAGGCGUCAUGCACUCUGUUGUAGGGGGUUCAUUUUUUUAAUGGCCAAAUUUGAUAUCAAAUAAUGUAUUAUUCAUAGAAAUAAAUAAAUAUAUUCUAGAUUUUCAGCAUACAAAUGGACAAAGUGCAAAAUCCCCCCAACACGGAUAUAACUCUAGACUCUAAACUCUGACUCACCAGUGUGUCUGUCUGUGUGUCUCUAGGGUUUCUUCCGUCGGAGCAUCCAGCAGAACAUCCAGUAUAAGAAGUGCCUGAAGAACGAGAGCUGUGCCAUCAUGAGGAUCAACAGGAACCGCUGCCAGCAGUGUCGCUUCAAGAAGUGUCUGCUGGUCGGCAUGUCCAAGGAUUGUACGUUUCUAUUACCUUCUUUAACUACAUCCCCUCUCCAGUCACAAUAAUACAUGGUAUAUUACCGUUAUCGUGGGUUGUCAUGGGUUAGAUAAAUAUGUGAUUGAGAAAGAAGUAGAUGAAGAAAGAAGUCGGUUUGUUAGAUUUCAAACAAGGAUUUACAGUAUUUGAUAAUCUGUAGACAAGCAUAUAUUUUGGCAAAGACCAUUUCUAAAUGUUGUCUCCUCCCUAGCUGUGCGUUUUGGUCGCAUCCCAAAGCGUGAGAAGCAGCGCAUGCUACUAGAGAUGCAGAGUGCCAUGAACAACAUGAUGAAUAACAGCCAGCUACACGGCAACACACCCCUCCCCCUGGCAAAUCAGCUUCAGGUGCCAGCCUGCCCCAUGGAGCCCCGCCCCCAAUAUGUUGACUCUGGCCUAGGCUCCGCCUCUUCCGCCUCUUCCUCCUCCACCUCUCCCGCCGCUUCCCCCGGGUCCAACCAAUCUGAGGAGACCAGCUCUGACCGCGAGCCUGCGGUCGCCAUGAAUACAAAUCCCAGCCCUAACUCAGUGUCUCCGUCGAGUGCUUCAGACUGCGUGUCAGAGGAUGUGAUUGGCUCGGUGACCCGGGCCCACCAGGAGACCUUUAUGUACAACCAGGAGCAAGGUAGCCCCUCCCCCCAGUCCCAGGCCGACACCCAGCUAACCUCCCCAGGGGCGGAGCAACAUGUCAGUGACACUGGAAAGAGGAUGGAGGAGAGGAACCAGAACCAGCAGGAGGCCUGGAACCAGCAGAACCAGAACCAAAAUGACCUGGUCCCUCUCACAGCCACUCAGGCCCAUUACCAGGCUCAGGAGAGGCCCACCAACACUGGGCCUCAGGGCCCUGACAGCUACCAUCGCCAUGAGGACCACACUACCACCCCCAGCCAGAACCACUGCCCCUACAGCAGAGACAGACUGCCCACCAGCUCCCCUAGUGGCCACUGCCCAGCCUACGCCCACAAUGGCCUGAGAGGAGGCAACAACAGCACUAGCCAGGCCACCUCCAACUCCCAUGGAGGAUUCAGUGGACCACUGUGGAGCGGGGGCAACAGGAUGCAUCUGGUGAGUCCAAGAUAGACAGAUGGAGAAGGAGGGUAUGAUAUAUUAUAGUUAAUAUAAUAUUUAUGUUGUCUAUCAUAGAAUCUAAUGAUCAACUACAUUUAUAUAACACUUUAUUCUCAAAGCACUUGAGAAAGCAGUUUGAUGCAUUUGGCAGAUCGUCAAUGUAAACUAUAAAUAAUUGAAGUCCAAGAUUCGAUCCCUGUGGAACACCACACUUGAUCUAUAGAGGGGGUGUGUUCACACCUUUUAGAUUGUGUUAACGUAACACAUUUAUUUGGGGGAACUCGCCUUGUCCACCAUUUUUAAUAAGUAUGUGACUGAUAUGUUGCGUGUGCUUCCUUCUAACCCAAGUCCAUCUCCUCUCUCUCCGUCCUCAGCUGUGUCCCAUGAACACGUCUCCCCAUGUGAACCCCCAUAAGUCAGGCCAUGGGAUCUGGGAGGAGUUCAGCCACAGUUUCACCCCGGCCGUCAGGGAGGUGGUGGAGUUUGCCAAGCGGAUCCCAGGCUUCAGAGACCUCUCCCAACACGACCAGGUCAACCUGCUCAAGGCUGGUACCUUUGAGGUAAAGACCACUCUCAGAACACUCACUCGUAUUGUGUUCUCUUCUCUACCCCUUAUCCAUUGUCUCACGUGAAUGAAAACAGUAGAAAAAAACAAACCGAUAAGGCUAUCUUCGAAAUGCAGUUGAUCCACCCAGACUUAACUAGUGUCUGCUGUCACUUCACCAGGUGCUAGUGGUGCGCUUUGCGUCCCUGUUUGACGUGAAAGACAGCACAGUGACGUUCCUGGGUGGUAACAAGUACAGUGUGGAGACGUUACGAGCCAUGGGCGCCGGCGACUUCCUGACCUCCAUGAUGGACUUCAGCGACAAGCUGAUGGGGCUCGGCCUCAGUGAGGAGGAGAUGAGCCUGUUCACCGCCGUCGUCCUCAUCUCUGCCGGUAGGCUCACGCCCUGUGACCUUGUGACCCCAAUCACGGGAUUCGCACUUCCUGUCCCUUGCCUGUGACCUUGUGACCCCAAUCACGGGAUUCGCACUUCCUGUCCCUUUAUAUAGACUUUCUUAUAGUUCCUAUAGAAACCGACUUAAUACUGUGAGUUGUUAUGGUACUGUAUGGCUUCUUACCAAGAGAGUAGUGUAGCUAUCUAUGUUUUUUGUGUUUGAAAGCAUGCAUUGUAUUAUAGUGAGUGUUUCCUUCCUCAUUAACAUAUUCUAUCCAUAUCAGUUGAUCGAGCUUCCUGUCAUAGAGACAUACCGGAUGCAUGGUGAUCAGAGAAAAGUAUAGGAACCAAGUCUAAUAACGUUCUACUGUGGUUUUUGUGUUCUAGAUCGCUCAGGGAUUGAGAACGUGAACUCUGUGGAGGCUCUUCAGGAGACUCUGAUCCGGCACCUGAGGGGCCUCAUCACUAAGAACCACCCCAAC